CCCUCUCAGCAAGGAGAUUACCAUGAGUCAAGCAUACCAGAACAUGUGUGCUGGCAUGUACAAGACGAUGGUAGCUCUGGAUAUGGAUGGGAAGGUGCGUAAGCCUCAGUUUGAACUGGACAGCGAGCAGGUUCGCUAUGAGCAUCGCUUCGCCCCCUUCAACAGUGUGGUCACCCCUCCACCUGUGCACUACAUCCAGUUCAAGGAGAUGUCUGAUCUGAAGAAAUACAAUCCUCCACCAGGCUCUGCAGACCUCUAUCUGGCAGCUAGCAAACACUUUCAGCAGGCGAAGCUCAUCCUUGAAAAUGUGCCCAGUCCCGAUCCGGAGGUCAGAAAGUCAAAAUACUGUGAAAUAAAUACAGCGGUUUAUGUUCAUUAGCAUUUGUUUAGUUAG